GUGCGCAGGCGCGGCGAGUGAACUGCGCAGGCGUCAGUCUUGGGCGGGCUGAAAGCAGCUGAAGCGGCGGCCGAGUCGUAGGCUCCGACAUAGGGGCGGGAGCUGAGCGGUAGCGGACCGGCUGGCGGGCUAGCGAAAGGCGGCGGGAUGGUGGACUAUCACGCGGCGAACCAGGCGUACCAGUACGGCCCAAGCAGCGGCGGCAAUGGCACGGGCGGCGGCGGAGGCAUGGGCGACUACAUGGCCCAGGAGGAUGACUGGGACCGGGACCUGCUGUUGGACCCGGCCUGGGAGAAGCAGCAGCGCAAGACCUUCACAGCCUGGUGCAACUCCCAUCUGCGGAAGGCUGGCACUCAGAUCGAGAACAUCGAUGAGGAUUUCCGGGAUGGGCUCAAACUUAUGCUUCUGCUGGAGGUCAUUUCAGGGGAGCGGUUGCCUAAGCCAGAGCGGGGGAAGAUGCGAGUGCACAAGAUCAACAAUGUAAACAAAGCCCUGGACUUCAUCGCCAGCAAGGGAGUCAAGCUGGUGUCCAUUGGGGCAGAAGAGAUCGUGGAUGGCAAUGCAAAGAUGACCCUGGGAAUGAUCUGGACCAUCAUCCUCAGGUUCGCCAUCCAAGACAUCUCUGUGGAAGAGACCUCUGCCAAGGAAGGACUCCUCCUCUGGUGCCAGAGAAAGACAGCCCCGUAUAAAAACGUCAACGUCCAGAACUUCCAUAUCAGCUGGAAGGAUGGUCUGGCCUUCAACGCGCUCAUCCACCGGCACAGACCUGAGCUGAUUGAGUAUGACAAACUGAGGAAGGAUGAUCCAGUCACCAACCUAAACAAUGCAUUUGAAGUGGCUGAGAAAUACCUUGAUAUCCCCAAGAUGUUGGAUGCUGAGGACAUCGUGAACACAGCCCGGCCCGACGAGAAGGCCAUAAUGACAUAUGUGUCCAGCUUCUACCAUGCCUUUUCAGGAGCGCAGAAGGCUGAGACUGCUGCCAACCGGAUCUGCAAGGUGCUGGCUGUGAACCAGGAAAAUGAGCACCUGAUGGAAGAUUACGAGCGCCUGGCCAGUGAUCUUCUAGAGUGGAUCCGGCGCACCAUCCCCUGGCUGGAAGACCGUGUGCCUCAGAAGACCAUCCAGGAGAUGCAGCAGAAGCUGGAGGACUUCCGAGACUAUAGGCGUGUGCACAAGCCCCCCAAGGUACAGGAGAAGUGUCAGCUGGAGAUCAACUUCAACACCCUGCAGACCAAGCUGCGGCUGAGCAACCGGCCUGCCUUCAUGCCCUCCGAGGGCAGGAUGGUCUCGGACAUCAACAAUGGGUGGCAACAUCUGGAGCAGGCUGAGAAGGGCUAUGAAGAAUGGCUCUUGAAUGAAAUCCGUAGGCUGGAACGACUUGAUCACCUGGCAGAGAAAUUCCGGCAGAAGGCUUCCAUCCAUGAGGCCUGGACCGAUGGGAAGGAGGCCAUGCUGAAGCACCGGGACUAUGAGACAGCCACCCUGUCAGACAUCAAAGCUCUGAUCCGAAAGCAUGAGGCCUUUGAGAGUGACCUGGCGGCGCACCAGGACCGCGUGGAGCAGAUCGCGGCUAUUGCCCAGGAGCUCAACGAACUGGACUACUAUGACUCCCACAACGUCAACACACGGUGCCAGAAGAUCUGUGACCAGUGGGAUAACCUGGGCUCUCUGACCCACAGUCGCAGGGAAGCCUUGGAGAAAACAGAGAAACAGCUGGAGACCAUCGACCAGCUACACUUGGAGUAUGCUAAGCGGGCCGCGCCCUUCAACAACUGGAUGGAGAGUGCCAUGGAGGACCUGCAGGACAUGUUCAUCGUCCACACCAUCGAGGAGAUUGAGGGCCUGAUCUCAGCCCACGACCAGUUCAAGUCCACCCUGCCAGAUGCCGACAGGGAGCGUGAGGCCAUCCUGGCCAUCCACAAAGAGGCCCAAAGGAUCGCUGAGAGCAAUCACAUCAAGCUGUCGGGCAGCAACCCCUACACCAGCGUUACACCCCAGAUCAUCAACUCCAAAUGGGAGAAGGUGCAGCAGCUGGUGCCGAAGCGGGACCACGCACUCCUGGAAGAGCAGAGCAAGCAGCAAUCCAAUGAGCACCUUCGCCGACAGUUUGCCAGCCAAGCCAAUAUGGUGGGGCCCUGGAUCCAGACCAAGAUGGAGGAGAUUGGGCGCAUCUCCAUCGAGAUGAACGGGACUCUGGAAGACCAGCUGAGUCACUUGAAGCAGUACGAGCGCAGCAUUGUGGACUACAAGCCCAACCUGGACUUGCUGGAGCAGCAGCACCAGCUCAUCCAGGAGGCCCUCAUCUUCGACAACAAGCACACCAACUACACAAUGGAGCACCUCCGUGUGGGCUGGGAGCAGCUGCUCACCACCAUUGCCCGCACCAUCAACGAGGUAGAGAAUCAGAUCCUCACCCGAGAUGCCAAGGGCAUCAGCCAGGAGCAAAUGCAGGAGUUCCGAGCCUCCUUCAACCACUUUGACAAGGACCAUGGCGGGGCACUGGGGCCUGAGGAAUUCAAGGCCUGCCUCAUCAGCCUGGGCUACGACGUGGAGAAUGACCGGCAGAAGCAGACAGGCAGCAUGGACUCAGAUGACUUCAGGGCUCUGCUUAUCUCCACAGGAUACAGCCUGGGUGAUGCUGAGUUCAACCGGAUCAUGAGUGUGGUCGACCCCAACCAUAGUGGCCUCGUGACCUUCCAAGCCUUCAUUGACUUCAUGUCAAGGGAGACCACAGACACAGACACCGCCGAUCAGGUCAUCGCCUCCUUCAAGGUCCUGGCCGGGGACAAGAACUUCAUCACUGCUGAGGAACUUCGGAGAGAGCUGCCCCCUGACCAGGCUGAGUACUGCAUCGCCCGCAUGGCGCCCUACCAGGGCCCUGAUGCUGCUCCAGGCGCCCUUGACUACAAGUCCUUCUCUACAGCCCUCUAUGGGGAGAGCGACCUGUGAGGCCCUCAGCCACCCUGAACAGACUCCCUUGGCCUCCCGGAGGGGCUGAGGAGCCCUGCCCCACCCUGACUCAGUAUCUAUGCAAAGAGCUCUUUGUGGUCCUUCUAGGGGGUCAGGCAGGGAGGGGCUAGGCAGGCCUCUUUUCUCAGUCUGGUAGGGGAGAUGGAGGCUUGUCGAUCAGCGCUUCUGGUCUGCUAAAUAUAUAUGUUGUAUUGUGGGUUCUUAGCCUAUAUGAAAGGAACAACGGACACCUGAGCCCCUCUGGGCCCCAGAGACAUCUUUCUAAACCCAGGUCCCCUCUGCCCCUGAGGCCAGCCCCUUCAAAGCCUCUCACAUCCAGGCCAAAGCCCCAUGUGCCUUGUCCAGGAACCGCCUGCCCUAAGAAGUCCAGCAGAGGGCACCCAGCUCCCCUGGACCAGAUUCUAGUGGCUCCUCCCACCUCCCUGCCCUGUGUCACACCAGGAGCAGAGGACCUGCCAUAACCCCUCUCUGCCUCCACAGUGGCUGCUGGGGCAAUCGCCCCCGCCCACCUGGCCUUGUUUCACCUGGGCUCUGAGUCUCAGAUUUUCUAAGGACCAAAACCAACAAAACACAAAGAAUGGAACAGAAACAAACAAACAAAAAAAUCAUUAAAAAAAAAAAGAAGAAAGAAAAAAAAAAGCUUAAAAAAAAUCCUAUAAAAAAUUAAAACCUUCCAGAGAAUUACUAUUUACUUUAUUAACUUACGGAUUUAUUAUAUAAAUAUAUAUCCAUCUAGCUGCAUAUCUCUGCCACCUCUCUCACUCUCAUAAUGAAGACAUAGCUGAUUCGCUGCCCUCCCAGCCCCCUCCUGAUUUUCCCCUUAUGGCGGUGGGCAGGGGUCUACGGGGACCUCCUGAGGUGGAGGUGGGCGCUGGCCUGCCUGCCUGGUCGUUAAUGGGUUUCUCUCCACCCACCCCCUUGAGUUUAUUCUGAUUGAUUUUUAUUUUCUUGGUUUCUGGAUAAACCACCCUCUGGGGAUGGGAGAAUAAAACAAGUAAUAUUUUUAAGAAGGA